AUGCGGAAUUUUCACUUUUCUCAGGGGUCCAUUCGCUGUUUAGCCUUGGGUUCGGACUUUCUGUGUUGCGGCGGAUCGGACGAAACUGUGCAGGUCUACGGCCUGCGUCAUCGCAAGAAGCAUGGCGACCUGUUGUUGUCAGGUGGCUGUAUUACGGCGUUGGGUGCCAAGGGCAGCAUAGCGAACGGCCUGCUGCUGGUAGGCGACGAACACGGCUCACUACAGCUUUUCGACGUCCUCAAGCUCGAACUUAAGAAGCAACUCAAGGGGCACAAGGGUGCGGUAACAGCGAUAUCUGUGCACCCCAACGGAGAGCUUGCUUUAUCGGUAUCUGAGGAUGCGACCUUGCGGCUGUGGGACUUGAACACCUGCCUCUGCGUCUUCUUCUCACGCCUAAAUGAGCCGGCGAUCGGAGUGCAGUGGCACCCCGAUGGUGAGGACUACUUUAUCCUCUCUGAAUCGCAAUUGUUAAAGCUCUCGUUGAGUGAGGGGGCUAAGCCGUCGAUACACAAGGCGGACAAGACCAAGUACUGCUGCGCGUCGUGGAUAGGUGAUUCCAUCGCAGUGGGUUGCCGUUCUGGCGCCGUGGUUAUCUAUCCGCCUGGAGCGGAGUCUGGCACUGACAUUAGCGGUGUCCACAGUAAGCGUAUCAAGGCGAUCACGUCACUGUCUGGUCGAAUUGUGACUGCAGACUCUGACGGCACCGUCCUGUGUUCUUCCGUCGUCUCUGAUAACAGUGAACCACCGAAGUUGGUUGAGAUGUGGCGUUUCAACGUCGAAAUGCGUGUCAACUGUUUGACGUGUUCUACCGUCGUCGAGUGA